AUGCGCUUCCAAAGCCUUCAAGGGCCAAAGAGUUUGGAGACGCUGCAGGAAAUUGAGCACAUCACCAGGUGGCACGAGAAUCGCGAAAAGCUCAGAGGUCCGCUGGAGGAGGACUUGAUGAAAGGCUCAAGGUUGAGAUUGAGCUUCCUCGCAGUGGCAGAAGCACGUUAUUUUCCGGCGUCCAAGAUGGAGCGCCGUGCUGAUCGACUUCUCAUCGAGUCUGCUUUCGACCUGCGCACAGGCAUCGCAUCGGAGUUCACCGUAUCGGAACUGGAAAAUUUGCACCGCGAAGUCGCAGAGCGAUUUGAAGAUCUGGAGGAAUGA